AUGGACCCAACACCACCCGCCAAAACCACCGCAGCUCCGCCGCCACUCCUCCGCCGAUUAGUCGCAAUAGACACCAAGAUCUCUCAAGAAAUCCACAUUCUCGCCAAACCCUUCCUACCUCACUCCCUCCUCCUCCUCCUCGAAAUCUCCGCCGACUUCCGAUUAUUCUUCCCCGUCGCGCUCUCCCUUCUCCUCGCCCCGCUCCUAAGCCCGAACCCGAACCCGAACUCCGGCCCAAUCCAACUCCUCCGCCCCUUCCUCUCCCCUCUCCUCCUCGGCCUCCUCCUCGACCUCGCCCUCAUCGGCCUCAUCAAAUUCAUCGUUCGCCGCGCCCGCCCCGUCUACAACAAGAACAUGACCGUCGCCGUUUCGGUCGACCACUUCUCCUUCCCCAGCGGACACGCCUCUAGGGUUUGCUUCGUCGCCGCUCUCUUCUACCUCUCCGCCGCCGCUCUCACCGACGCUCUUGUCUACUUCAGGUCGACGUCGCCGGCCAUCGAGCGAUGGAUCGGUGCGGAAGUCAAGGCCGUGAGUGUUCUGGUCUCGGUCGUCUGGGCCUGGGCAGCGGCCACCUCGAUCUCUAGGAUCUUGCUCGGCCGGCACUUUGUCUUCGACGUCUUCGCCGGAGCUUGCUUGGGCGUGCUUGAGGGUGUAGUAGCCUUCCAUUUCCUCAGAUUUUAAGCAUGAUUUUCAUCAUCGCUUAUGCGAAAAGAGCCUCGAUUUGAAGAGUUC